CUGCGAUUCUCCACCAGUUACUUGACUUGGCCUUCUCUCUAUCUUCCCAGAAUCAAUCCAAAAUCAUACAAACAAACAGUCAUCACUCCAAUAGUUGUUGGUGUAAGGGUUUAAGAGGUUUUUCGAAAACUAAGCUGUUUGUUUGUGCUUUCUUGGAAAGCUUUGAUUGUUGAAGGAGGAGCUUUUGGAGAGAAAAGGAAGAUGAAAAUUCAGUGUGAUGUGUGCGAGAAGGCUCCGGCGACGGUGAUUUGUUGCGCAGAUGAGGCGGCGCUGUGCGCCAAAUGUGACGUUGAAGUGCAUGCAGCAAACAAGCUUGCAAGCAAGCACCAGAGGCUUCACCUUCAGUGUCUCUCCAAGUUGAACAAACUCCCUAGAUGUGACAUUUGCCAAGAUAAGGCAGCUUUUAUAUUCUGUGUUGAAGACAGAGCCCUCUUUUGCCAGGAUUGUGACGGAUCAGUUCAUUCGGCCAAUAGCCUCUCUGCAAACCACCAGAGGUUCCUCGCUACCGGAAUCCGGGUGGCAUUGAGCUCCAGUUGUACUAAGGACACUGAAACAAGUAGCUUGGAGCCACCCGGUCAUGGCUCACAGCAGAUUUCAACAAAAUUGCCAACACCUCAGCCUUCUGGCUUCUCAUCCCCUUGGGGGGUUGAUGACUUGCUGCAAUUAUCAGAUUUUGAAUCUUCUGACAAGAAAGGGUUGCUUGAGUUUGGAGAGCUUGAAUGGAUAGCAGAUAUGGGUCUUUUCGGUGAGCAGUUUCCAGAGGAAGCCUUGGCAGCUGCUGAAGUUCCUCAGCUUCCGGUAUCACAGCAACCCAAUUUUACCUCAUAUAGACCCCCCAAAUCGAACAAUCCAUACAAGAAGCCAAGAAUUGCAAUGGCAGAGGAUGAUGAUGAGCACUUUACUGUUCCUGAUCUUGGGAGAUUUUAGACAUGUAUCAACUUGAUCAUAGGUUGAAGUAUA